AUGGACUAUAUGCACGGCCACUUCCUGGUUUAGAUAAGUCAGCUCAGUCAUUUCCGGUCAAAUGUGCAAAAUCAAGCGGCCGUGAAGAUGUCUUUCUACACUCGCUGCCUUCAGGAUUUACCUCAAGUCAACAUCAAUGAUGUACACCGCCUUAUUCAGGAAAACUCCAAGGCUUCGUCCAGUAAACGGGAAAAAGGAUUUAAGCUGUACAUAUCCAGUUAUAUUCAUGACUGUGAAGGUUGUCCUCAAACACACUAAACCUGUUGAGCUGAUGGCCUGUCAGUGCUCAUGUGUGGCAGGGCUUGCUCUAUGUAAUCACAUUGCAGCAUUGCUCUUCCAAACAGCACAUUACAGCCAACAGGGAGCGGCAGCUGUCCCCCCGACUCACAGCUGCACAGGGUCUGAGCAGCAAUGGCACAAACCCAGGACCCAGGGCUUUAAGCCUGGUCCAACAAAUGAAAUGGUGGUAUUGUCAGCUAGGCCCAAGGAGAGAAGAUUGGCAGAAGGCAUCAGGAGCAACCUGUAUAAAGCUGCCUGUAACCUGACCUGUUGCCUUCCAGACAUGUCAGUUCUACGGGUGAAGGAUAUUUACGAAGGCAUGUCGAAAGAAUCUGCUCCUUUAAUAGCCACUAUGGGUAUUUCAGGGGAUGUGCCUUUAGUUGACAGUGCUUUUGGAAAAGUCCAAGAAGGGAGUUUACUGUCCUAUCAACUUCCAGCAUGGAGCCCACCAAAGACCUGUCCACAUAGCACUGCACCACCACGACCAUACUUACCUCUGGAUGGCUACUGUCUAGGUCCCUCAGAGUGCUGUUUUGUGUUGACUCACCAUCAGCAGAUGCACAUGACUUCUCUAGCAACAACAGAAGUCAUGGCACACGAAACUGAGAUGGGCACAAGACAACAAAGCACAAUGAGGGAAUGGCAUUUAUUGAGAAAGCCACGUCUAACCUCCUCUAGAUUCAGGUAACUGUAAACUAUACUGUCACAUUCAGCACAUUUUGUUUUCUCAUUUAAAUACUCAUUUAUUGUCAUCUAAUAUAAAUACUAAAGUUAUUUUUAUGUGUAUCAAUUU